GCGCGCGCGUCACGGAGCCCGGCCCGACUGACGGGGCCGCUGACGCGCUUGGCCGCGAGGCCGAGUCCGCGGGGCUGCGCGCCGGGCGCCGGCGACAAUGGGGUUCUGUGUGUGCAGCUGCCGUCGCCGCUGGGGGCCGGGGGAGGGGGGCGGGCAGCCGCUCCCCGACCCCCCUCCCUCUCGCCCGCGAGCCCCCGAAAGGUAACCGGCCUCUUCUGCCCCUGGCCGGGCCCCGCCAGCUGCUUUUUGCUUUUCUUUUUUAAAAAUUUAAUCAGUAAGUUUCCCUCGCCCCAACCGCUUCCAUCUCCCCCGCUUUCCCUUCUGGCCCCCCAACAUGACGAGACAGGGGGCUUUAGCCGGCCGGGGGCGACCGCUUUGUGCGUCCCGGGGAGCGGGAGCCGCCCAAGGCGCGCCCAGCGGGGGACGCGGUGACCGAGGGGCCGGGAGCGCCGGGCAGGUAACGUAUCCUGGACCAGGAGCGGGGGCUUUGUCGGGGUCGGGGGAGGGGAGCUGGGGUGGGUGUGGGCGCCGGGCAGCCCUCUGGGACUCCUGUCUCCCCUCCACUCCCCGCUCUCCGCCCCGCUGGCCGGCGCGCAGAAAGCCAACCUGGGUGUGUGGCGCGAGAAGCGAAAGAGAAACUUCUGCGUGACUAGCUGAGGCUCCUCCGAGAGGCCAGGACGCUAGAGGCCCCCAGCCCCCACCCCGCCGCCGCCCCUCCCCUCCCCCGCCCGCUCCCCCUCCUCGCCGGGGACUUGGGGGCCCUCCCCUCGCCCGCCCCCGCCCCCGCCCCGCGGAAGGAGGGGCUGGCGAGGAUUUUAGGGACUUCCUGGGACACGGAGACCGGCUCUGAACCAUCCCCUCUCAGCCGUCGGGAGCUGGGCAAGCCAGCUCCGGAGCCUUUCGCACGUGGCAGGCAGGCAGAGAACUUGCUGUGCCUUCUAGGAAAUUGCAAUCGAUUUGUAAUGCAGUUUCGCUAAUUGGGAGUUCAAAAUUAAACUUUAAUAAAGCAUUUGUGUCGUCUCGUCUAAUUGUGAAAGCUUCCAUCCGUCCUGGUAGAUAGACUCUGAGUCUCAAGUUAAUGGCGCUAAGCUAGAUUUCCCCCCAAGUACAAUUCCGUCAGCCGGCGUCGGCGCAGCUGGAUUUCCGUUAGGUACAGAUGUUGCUAAUGGCAGCUUAAGCACGGAUGGGCAGAUAGCAUACGGAAUGCAACAUGUUGCCAUAUGGUUCCGUUAGCCUUUCACCUCCAGGGAUAUCAAUCACAUAUAUUCUGGGAGGAACUUAAUGACUCUCUGAACGGCAAAAUGAAUUACCUGGUACAAUUUAUAUCCCUUGACCUGAUACGUUAUAACAACAGGAAGAUAGCAUCCCACAGUUUCUGUGGUAUGAAUUGAACUUCAGAGCUACAUUUCAAAUUUUAUAACAUCUAUUUGUAGUGUGAGGGGCUCUGUCAAACCAUUCUGGCUGAAAAAUCCCUUACUGUAUUGUCCUCCUCCCCUCCCCCCCACCUCUGGUUUAUAAAGUUUAGCGAAACUGUUGUCUUGGUAAUUGCCAAUCAGCUGACCAAAUACUAAUUGAAGAGAGUAUGGAGAAAUAGAAAAUACGAUUUCCAGAGCUAGUUACUUAUGAGCAAUCAUUAGGAACACCAUACUUUCGGAACACCAUACUUUCCAAAUUAAUGGACUCCCAAGAAAAAUCUAUUUUGUGAAUCGUUUCAUUAUAACUCCUAAACCCAUUUAAUAACUCUUUGAAAUUGUUUUUUUUAAUACUUAAUUUUUAGGAAAGUAACUUACAAAAAUGUACUCGGAAAUAUGAAAUAUAAAGACCUCCUUAGCCAACUACUUUCUCUUCCCUCCCUGGCAACCCACACCCUCAUCUAUGCGGGUACCUGAACUUGAAUUCUGUAUGUAGUGGUACUGGCGGUUUGUUUUUUUUUUUCUUCCAAACAUGUCAGUGACAGCAUACUGAAGUCACUGUUAGGUCUUAGUAGAAUGAUUCUGUAAUAUUUACCAGGUCUUUUAAAAAAUAUCCUGGUGAUUAAUAAAAUGAUUGACUGGCUCUAAUUUCAGAUUAUAAACAUGGUUGUCUUUUGCUGUAUCCCUCCUUUUUCCUUCACUAAUACAGAGAGGCAACACUGCAAGACAAGAAACUUAAGGGUAAAAGAAGUAAAAUACUACAACUUUUUAAAAACUUUUUCCUAUUAAGGGAUAUAUGAAAGCUGUGGGUGUACUAUCUUUUAAAAGAUUUUGCUUCCAACAAUACAUAAACCACAUUAAUUCAUGUGAACUGAUAAACUCGGGUAAUACACAAAAUAGACAUAGUCUGAAAACAUUUUCAGUCAUACAAGUUUCAUAAUUCAUUUUUAAAUUACAAGAUGUCUCCUUUUUUCUUUUUGUAAUAGGUGAUGAUUUGUUACCUAGUGCUUGAGUUUGGGCAAUGAUUUUGAUAAUUAUGAAAUAAUAUCUUUUAUGUAUGUAAAUAGAAAAGUUUAUACAGAACAAAAUAAGAUAUAUCUGAGUUAUGACAACCCUUACUGGAGACUGUUUUUGGGUAAUCUUUUAAUGGCUGAAAUUGUAUUUCUCUGUAGCAUCAGCAUUCAAUGAGUUUUAACCUUGAUCUGUAGUGAGGCUGUUAAUCAUGACUACAUCUCCAUGACUUCUGAAUAGGUAGUGAGUGUGUCCUUUAAUCAGUCACACAGAACUCGCCUUAUAAAGCUGUUAUUGUCAUGAGCAGAUACUGCAGGCUUUUGUCAAGCCCCGUGAUUAUUAACGUGUUCGUUCUUCAAAAGCCAGGCUGAAAGUCCUGCUGUGCUUUAUUGCACAAUUCAAGUCCAUUAGUACAUAAAAUCCUAAGCAGCAAUAUUUGUCUUUUCUCAAGUUAAAAUAUUACAUAUGUCAUUCAUAAUUUCAGGCCCAUUUGUGGACAAAAACUAUGUGUGUAUUUGGUAUACAUAUAUAGUAACAAAAACAAGAUAUGCAUCUUGCAUCAUGACUUAUUUGAAGUGAAGAUUUGAUGGAUGUCCAUUGUUACUCUAGAUGAGGUGGCUGGCUGCCAAGGCGAUCCCUCUAGCUUGAAAGUACUGGCAUUGUUAUUGUCUAUCAGGGAAUCACUUUCUAAUUUUUAAGCUCCCAACUUCACCUCCCUCUUUCAAUAUGGCCCUUCCAUACUGCUAAUCUGAGAAUUUGUUUGAAUGUGAAAACUUUUGAAAAUGUGUUUGUAUUGGCCAAGAUUUUCAUUAGUAUUUCUGGUUGCCUGCUGCUUUAUUUUGAGCUGGCAAGUACAUUUUAAUUGAAAGUGAAGAAAUACUAUCAGGACAAGGUAUAUUCCCCAUGCUCUGAGUAAUUUUAAUUGUGAUGUAAUCCUCGGUGCUUUCUUAUUUUUUUACUUAUGAAUGUAUUUUAAAUUAUUUAAGAUAGGACAGAUUUACGCCUUUCUCAAGGUAAUAUGGGACAAGUUAUGGAUAGGCAUUAGGCCUCUAUUAGAAUACUUCAUUUGAGUGAGUGGGGGUGGGGAGGAGAGCUGUAGGAAAGAGUAUACAGGCCCUCUGCACUGGCCCUGUUUGCUUUUCAAAUUUAAAACCCAUAUUGCUACGUUGGAAACUUGUUUCUCUUUUAUAACCUUUCAUUAAAAAUAUAUAUAUAUCUUUAAACUAUCAAUCUGUAAAUAAUUAACCAGCCAAGCAGGAAACAGUCUUUUAUUCUCAACUAUAUGCAGCUUUGUUUUUAUCUGGGUUAGUGUGAGGGCCAUGUAAAUACAUAAAAAUUUGAUUUGGUUUUCCUUACUUUGAAGAUUGACAGAAGCUUCUUUAGUUAUUCUUGUUCUAUUUCAUGUUCUGUAUUCAGAUAUUGAAAUACAGUAUUUUAAUACAUUUAUAAGAUUGUGUUUGCAUUUAUUUAUGUUUCUUUUUUUAAAGCAUGUAGCCUUGAAUGUUUGUUCUGCUUUUUUUUUUUUCUUCACAUCAUUACUCUGGUACUGCUUGAUGUAACUUGAUUAGCUCCCUCCCCAGUCAUGAUUGGUAAUUAAAAUAGGCAUUAAAAUUAGUCACUUAGCAAUUUUGCUGUUCAAUUGGCAAUUAAAUUACUUAAUUGCAAUUAAAGUCCUAAUUUUAAUUGGCAAAAUGAUAGAUGUAGAUUUAAGAUAAUAUGUAUAAAUACUUUAAUAAGUGUCUAUAUAAGGAUUACUUAAUUACUCAACUUCAAGUUUAUGCUGUUAACUUUAGAACUUUUAAGUGAGCAAUGAAAUUUAUAUUACAUCUAUUCAAAGAAUAUGAUAAUUAGAUUUAUUACUUAUCACUAUAAGGGUCCUUGCUAUAAGUUACUUUUGUAAUGUUAAAAUUGUAGGCUUGUUAAUUGCAGAAUUAUGUUGAAGAAGAGGGCUAAAAAGAGGGCUAUAUUGUAAUAACAAUAACAUGUCUUCAGUUUUUAUUAAAUUGAAAAGUUCCUAUAUGCCAGUUAGUCUGAGGAAAAAAAUCAAAGGUGGUUAUUUUAUCAUUAAAUGUAAAAUUAAAAACUAGCUAGCUGUUACAUACAAUGAAGACUCUUGCAAAGUGUAUGUAUUUUAUCUACUAAAAGAAAAUCCUACAUAGUACUAUGAUGGUUACUGAUGUUAUUAGCUACUUUUACAAUUUCAAGUGCCCUUGGUAUUUUCUUAGCAUAUAGCACCUUAUUCUCAGAACCUUUAAAGCAUCUUUCAGGACUUUGUACUUUUUAAUGACUCCCAUGUUUAGUGAAAUUAGCAAUGAAAUCUAAAACCAAAGUAACCCUUCCUUGCUUAAUCAAGAAGAAGUCUUACAUAAGAAAAUAUUAAUGAUUGCUAGGUGUGGGAGGAGGGGAGAAUGGAGAAUUAUUGUUAAAUGGUUACAGAAUUAGAGUUUUAUAAGAUUAAGAGUUAUGGGGGUGAGUAGUGGUGAUGGGUGCACAACAGGAUGACUUUAACAUGACUGAACUGUACAUUUAAAAAUAUAAGAUGGUUAUUUUUAUGUUUUUUACCACAGUAACAAAAAAAAGUAUUAAGUGGUUAAUUUAAAAGUAUUUAGAAGAUAGUUACUGAGAGUCAAGAAUUAGAGAAAAGAUGAAGGAUUUUUAUUAUGCAAAAUACUUUUUGAGUGGCAUGAGGUUUUACCAUAUGUUCAGUUUUAUAAUUUUAAUUUACAAGUAGAUGCUUCUAGAAAAAAUGAGUACUGUUUUCUUCUGCACAUCUUUACACAUUUCUAGAACUGAGUUCUGUAUCAAAGUAAGAAACAGUUUUUAAAAUUUUUGGAUUAAGUGAUUUGGGGUGAAAACUGGGCUGGGUAAAACUGAGUAAAAGCCACAACUACCCAAAAUGUAAAUUACUAGCUAAGCAUUUUACUUUUUCUCUAGGCAUCUCAUAGAAAAGGAAAAAAUGAUUGGUUGAUUAAUAUCUUUUUAAUGCAAGUGAAAUGGCAAAGUAAAUUACCAGAAACCUUCCAUAUUAAAAAAUGAUUUUGUAUUUUCAGAAAUAGAUUUUUUUUUUCAAAGUGAAAAUUUCUUUCUGUCACAAAUAUAAAACUGAGUGACAACAAAUGACAUGAAAUUUGUCCAAAUAUAACCUAAAAUAAUCUCAUUUUUAUGCUUCACAUAGAUUCCAUUAACUAAUGUUAUGAAAUAUCUUCAAGUUACCUUGAUUCUUACAGCAUAACAGUUGUGUCAGUUUACUAUAUUUUAACUGUGAGAGCUAAGGGCUACUCUGAGUACAUUUGGGGAGAAUAGUGAAAUAAAUCCUUAAAGAUCCCUUUCCCAUGCAUUAUUAUCGAAAAGCCUUAUGGAAUUAAGGAUUCCACAGAAUUAAGAAUUAAAUCCAUGUUUGCUUUCUAAAUCAUAUAAAAAAUCUCAGUUUUAUUAAGUAUAAUCUGCUUAGCCUUGCAUAAAAUAAAAUGCUUAGAUUUAGAUUUGAGUAUGUAUUAUUUACAUUGUUUUUUAUGAAAAUACUUUUUCUAUAUAUAUACUGAUAUGGUCUGCUUAAUACUGGCUAAUAUCAUAAAAGACAAUAUUAUUUUCCUAUGUGCUUUUUCUGAGGUCAUCUAAUAUUGUAUAUUGACAGAAAUAAUAAUUUUGUAAUUUUAGUUGGUUUCAAAAAAAGGAGCUACUUACAGGUAGGAUCAGUUUUUAUUCCCAUUUAUUUUAAAUUGUUAAAAAUACUGACCUUCAUUUGGGGUAACUUUAUGUAUUUAUACAUGGCAGUAAUUUAAAGUUAUAUCAGAUUCUGAGCCCUGAAAGAAACAUUAUUGUCAUUUUAAUUGAGUUAUAAAGUAGCUUAUAUUCAAGAAUCUAUUUACAUUCAAGAAUCUUGCAGGAUUGCAGUCAUAUAAAUGCAGAAUUUCAGUUUCUUUUAGCCUAGAGCAUCAUUUGAACAUUUUCUAAAAGGUUGUUCAAUUCUACAUUUUGAUUCCAUUAUAUGUGUAAUUAAACCUCUAUGCACAAAAGCAUUCUCUUAUGUACUAGCAAAUACACCCACAGGAAUCCUCUUCUAAACUAUAAUUUAUUUAAACAUGUAAUCAUAGGAUUUUAAAACAUGCUUUCAUUUUUCCAAACUAUAUGCCAAUUUAAACUGCUUGGUGAUAAAAUGAAAGAUUUUAUUACCAUUUUGAUUUUUUUCUCCCCUCUCUGUGACCUAACAGUGAGUUAAAUACGGGUGGGCGGAAAUAAAGAAAAUCUAUUGUUAACCUAAUUCCAGUGUUAAACUGUUUCCCUUUUUGAGAAAAAUAGAAGAGAAUAAAAGAUUUGUAGUUAUUUAUGAAUUCCAGCAUAAUAUGAAUGUCUGGGCCUGCUGCAAGAUCUCCUGGAGCUUGACCUAAGUAGUAAAUAGCUAGGGGUAUGUGUGUGUGUGUGUGGGCGCACGCUUGUGCGUGUAUUUGUAUGACGGUGUGUGCUUGUGUGUGUAUUUGUGUGAUGGGGUGUGUGUGUGCUUGUGCGUGUAUUUGUGUGAUGGAUCAUCCUGAAUGUUGUGGAGUCAGGCCCCCUACUGACAGCAUCAGUCAAUUACAGACAUUGGCCCUUCUACUGAGACCUGUUCCUUUCAUGAGAAUCUGUUGGGGACCCAACAAUCUGGUGUUUUGAGCGUGGUGGUUCUUUCUUACACUUUCUAAUGUCUACCGGAUCCUUUCCACCCGGAGCACAUCGAAGCCCUACCAAAAACGCCAACCCAAAAAAACAGCUUACCCAAUAAUUGGUUUAAGAGAGUCUAUCAGUCUUGAUUUUGAUGUGUCUUAAUAAGAAGACACACUUCCUAGCAGCUAUUGUAGUAUAGGGAUUUGAGGAGGAGAGAACUCAUGAAUUGUAGAAAAGAAGGCCAAAAAGCCACUUCUUUCCCCUCGCAUGUUGAUGUUAUAUCCGAUUCAUUCCUAGUUACUAAUAAUUUGUUAACAAGCUGCUGUGAAAACUGCGUUUCGAUCUUGGGUGCCUAAAAGACUUGAGCGAAGGCUCUGUUACCAAGAAGCCAGACUCGACAGGUUGCUGUGACAGAAUAAUGCUUUAUAUUACAGUGUUUGUCUUCUUGGAGUUCACUUUAAGAACUCCAGCACACCUUUUCCAUUCACUGGGAGAGAAUUUUCAAACUGUCCGCAGACUCACCCCAGGCUAAAGCCAAUUAUUUUUUAAAAUGGUUUAAGGGAGGAGGAGCGUGUGGAGGGAAUGCACCUCCUUAAGAUCUGCAUAUUUGUGUUUGGAGAGUGGUGGUUACAACCUUAAACUUCUCCUGGCCCCCGCCUUCCUAGAAAUAUAUUAAAAAAUAAUAACUGCCACCCCAGCAUGGCUGCGCUUGAGUUUCCGACUGCCUGAAAAUAGCUGCUGGGAGCCUGACCCACCGCUGGGAUCAAGGAAAGCACCCUCAGGCCGCGCCCUGCUCCCUUGCGGAAGGGGAAGGGAACCCGGGAGGGCGCCACAGAGCUAGCGCUGCUGCUAUUUUGGGCCCAGCUGGGCGGGUGCGUCAAUGCCUGCGCCCCUGCGUCACCGCCACCCCCACCCCUUUCCUUCUCCCCGGCUCUCCAAACUCUCACUUUUUCCCUUUCGUUCGCGUGGAAUCGCUUCUGCCCACAGGGCGCUGACGCUACCCAGCUCAUGCUAAUAAGCUAUUCUUCCCCCUCCUCCCCUCAUCCCCCUACUUGCACACCCUCACCCGCCACCACAACACGCCCCCUCCAACAGACACACACACACACACACACACUCGCACACACUUCCUGGUUUUAUUUUUUCUCUGCCCGCUAGGGCACCGCCGAGCCGCUGCGGCGGCAGCAGCGGCAGUCGCAACAUCUGGGGGAAACUUAAGGUGGUCACGUAGGUUUUCCCGAGGCUGCAGCGCGGAAGAGCCUGCGGCUUCUCGGGGCAGCCUCGGGGCACUUGAUGGCAAUGCCUCUCCCGCCGCUGAGGAGCAGGAGGCUGCUGGAGCGGGCAAAGGCGGGGCUGGGGGUGAAGAUGAGGACUGAGCGGCUCCGGGACUUGGAGAGCUCUCAGGCGCUUUCGGCCGGCCAGUACUGGGAACCUCAGGAUGAGGGGUGCAAAGGGGUCCCCCAGCCUGGAAGUCAGCCACACCAAGAGGGAGGGGCGGCUGCAAAUCUUCGCGGGCGGAGGAAGGGAAUGCCUCCAAACCCUCCCUCUCUAGGGAGGAGAUCUGACAGGCUGGGCUCUCCACUGCUCUUCUAAAAAUCUUGGAAACUUUGUCCUUCACUGAAUUACGACACUGUCCACCUUUAAUUUUCUCCAAAACGCCUGUAACUCGGCUGAAGCCAUGCCUUGUGUUCAGGCGCAGUAUGGGUCCUCGCCUCAAGGAGCCAGCCCCGCUUCUCAGAGCUACAGUUACCACUCUUCGGGAGAAUACAGCUCCGAUUUCUUAACUCCAGAGUUUGUCAAGUUUAGCAUGGACCUCACCAACACUGAAAUCACUGCCACCACUUCUCUCCCCAGCUUCAGUACCUUUAUGGACAACUACAGCACAGGCUACGACGUCAAGCCACCUUGCUUGUACCAAAUGCCCCUGUCCGGACAGCAGUCCUCCAUUAAGGUAGAAGACAUUCAGAUGCACAACUACCAGCAACACAGCCACCUGCCCCCCCAGUCCGAGGAGAUGAUGCCGCACUCCGGGUCGGUUUACUACAAGCCCUCCUCGCCCCCGACGCCCACCACCCCGGGCUUCCAGGUGCAGCACAGCCCCAUGUGGGACGACCCAGGCUCCCUCCACAACUUCCACCAGAACUACGUGGCCACCACCCACAUGAUCGAACAGAGGAAAACGCCGGUCUCCCGCCUCUCCCUCUUCUCCUUUAAGCAGUCGCCCCCCGGCACCCCCGUGUCUAGCUGCCAGAUGCGCUUCGACGGGCCCCUGCACGUCCCCAUGAACCCGGAGCCGGCGGGCAGCCACCACGUGGUGGACGGGCAGACCUUCGCCGUGCCCAACCCCAUCCGAAAGCCCGCGUCCAUGGGCUUCCCUGGCCUGCAGAUCGGCCACGCGUCGCAGCUGCUCGACACGCAGGUGCCCUCCCCGCCGUCGCGGGGCUCCCCCUCCAACGAAGGGCUGUGCGCUGUGUGCGGCGACAACGCGGCCUGCCAGCACUACGGUGUGCGCACCUGUGAGGGCUGCAAAGGGUUCUUUAAGCGCACGGUGCAAAAAAACGCGAAAUACGUGUGUUUAGCAAAUAAAAACUGCCCAGUGGACAAGCGGCGCAGGAAUCGCUGUCAGUACUGCCGGUUUCAGAAGUGCCUGGCUGUUGGGAUGGUCAAAGAAGUGGUUCGCACCGACAGUUUAAAAGGCCGGAGAGGUCGUUUACCUUCCAAACCGAAGAGCCCACAGGAGCCCUCUCCCCCUUCGCCCCCGGUGAGUCUGAUCAGUGCCCUCGUCAGGGCCCAUGUCGACUCCAACCCGGCUAUGACCAGCCUGGACUAUUCCAGGUUCCAGGCGAACCCUGACUAUCAGAUGAGUGGAGAUGACACCCAGCAUAUCCAGCAAUUCUAUGAUCUCCUGACUGGCUCCAUGGAGAUCAUCAGGGGCUGGGCGGAGAAGAUCCCGGGCUUCGCUGACCUGCCCAAAGCCGACCAGGACCUGCUUUUCGAAUCGGCUUUCUUAGAACUAUUUGUGCUGAGAUUAGCCUACAGGUCCAACCCAGUGGAGGGUAAACUCAUCUUUUGCAAUGGGGUGGUCUUGCACAGGUUGCAAUGUGUUCGUGGCUUUGGGGAAUGGAUUGAUUCCAUUGUUGAAUUCUCCUCCAACUUGCAGAAUAUGAACAUCGACAUUUCUGCCUUCUCCUGCAUUGCUGCCCUGGCUAUGGUCACAGAGAGACACGGUCUCAAGGAACCCAAGAGAGUGGAGGAGCUGCAAAACAAGAUUGUAAAUUGUCUCAAAGACCAUGUGACUUUCAAUAAUGGGGGCUUGAACCGCCCCAACUAUUUAUCCAAACUGUUGGGGAAGCUCCCAGAACUCCGUACACUUUGCACACAGGGGCUACAGCGCAUUUUCUACCUGAAACUGGAAGAUUUGGUACCACCACCAGCAAUAAUUGACAAACUUUUCCUGGACACUUUACCUUUCUAAGACCUCCUUCCAUGCACUUCAGAGAAACUGGAAAGAAACCUAAAACUGUCCAGAGGGGGCAAGUGACAAGGGCAGAGAGAUCCCCCUGAGCUGUCUCAGCUCUAGUCAGCCCCCUCCCCUUCCAUACACCCUGACCCUUGAUCCCUAAAGAAAAAAAAACAGAAACAAACAAAAAAACAAAAACUGUUGCUAUUUCCUAACCUGCAGGCAGAACCUGAAAGGGCAUUUUGGCUCCGGGGCAUCUUGGAUUUAGAACAUGGACUACACACAGUACUGUGGUAUAAACUUUUUAUUAUCAGUUUAAAAAUCAUUUUAUUGUUCAGAAGGAAGAUUGUUAAUGUAUGACGGAAAACAUUUGGCCACGUUUGGUUGUUGCAGUUAAAAUAAAUGUAAUACACACACACACACACACACACACACACAUUGUAAGGGGACCCACAAGUAUUGCCCUUUAAAGACUUCAAAGUUUUCUGCUGUAAAGAAAGCUGUAAUAUAUAGUAAAACUAAAUGUUACGUGGGUGGCAUGAGUUGAAGAAGGCAAAGGCUUGUAAAUUUAUCCAAUGCAGUUUGGCUUUUUAAAUUAUUUUGUGCCUAUUUAUGAAUAAAUAUUACAAAUUCUAAAAGAUAAGUGUGUUUGCAAAAAAAAAAAAAGAAAUAACUACACAAAAAAGGGACAAGCAUGUUGAUUCUAGAUUGAAAAUGUUAUAGGCACUUGCUACUUCAGUAAUGUCUAUAUUAUAUAAAUAGUAUUUCAGACACUAUGUAGUCUGUUAGAUUUUAUAAAGAUUGGUAGUUAUCUGAGCUUAAACAUUUUCUCAAUUGUAAAAUAGGUGGGCACAAGUAUUAUACAUCAGAAAAUCCUGACAAAAGGGACACAUAGUGUUUGUAACACCGUCCAACAUUCCUUGUUUGUAAGUGUUGUAUGUACCGUUGAUGUUGAUAAAAGAAAGUUUAUAUCUGGAUUAUUUUGUUGUCUAAAGCUAAACAAAACUUGCAUGCAGCAGCUUUUGACCGUUUCCAGAGUGCUUAUAAUAUACAUAACUCCCUGGAAAUUACUGAGCACUUUGAAUUUUUUUUUAACGUCUAAGAUUGUCAGUUAAUAUAUUAUUUUAUGUUUGAGUAAGAAUUUUAAUAUUGCCAUAUUCUGUAGUAUUUUUCUUUGUAUAUUUCCAGUAUGGCACAUGAUAUGAAUCACUGCCUUUUUUUCUAUGGUGUAUGACAGUUAGAGAUGCUGAUUUUUUUUUUCCUGAUAAAUUCUUUCUCUGAGAAAGACAAUUUUAAUGUUUACAACAAUAAACUAUGUAAAUGAACAGAA